UGCCCAGAGGUUUCAAAACAGUAAUUACCAGGAAUCACAACAGGAAAAGGGUUUGAACCAACAACCAACUGUUUACGGGUCUAAACUCAGCGACUUGUGCAAACGCGCUGCCAGGGAGGCCACAUGUUAGUGAAGCGGAUCACAUACAUGUCCUGUGUCCACGUACACACUGUUGCUCACACUUGCACACACCCCAGCCACUUUCCCGUACAUCUGUGACGGAAGUGGGGAUUGUGUGUCUAUUUUCUCCCUGGGCUGUAUCUCCACCUGUUCCCGCCACUCAUGGCUCAGAGGGUCGACAGCGCAAGGAGAGAACGGAGAGCAGUUAGUACGUUCCACAGUCUGUCUGGUGCCUAACAACUGAACAGUCAUGAAGCUCUGUCUUUUGGGACCAGGGGCCCUGGUUUUGUUUGCGGUGCUCGUAAGGGAGUGCUGGGGCAGGAAUGAGGAAGAGCGCUUGAUUUUCCAUUUGUUCAAGGAGAAGGCUUACAACAAAGACCUGCGUCCCGUGGAGAAACAGGGUGACGCGGUUGUCGUCUAUCUCGCCCUCACACUCUCUAACCUCAUCUCUUUGAAAGAGGUAACUGAGACUCUGCUAACUAAUGUGUGGAUGGAACAUGGCUGGUAUGACAACAGGCUGUCCUGGAACACGUCAGAGUUUGAUGACAUCGACGUCCUGCGUCUUCCAUCCAGCAUGGUCUGGCUGCCAGAGAUCGUCCUAGAAAACAACAAUGAUGCCCAGUUCCAGGUGGCGUACUACUGUAAUGUGUUGAUCUAUCCCGACGGGUAUGUGUACUGGCUGCCCCCGGCCAUAUUCCGAUCCUCCUGUGCCAUCAACGUUAAUUACUUCCCCUUCGACUGGCAGAACUGCAGCCUGAAGUUCACGUCUCUGACGUACAACGCCAAGGAGAUCACCAUGGAGCUGAAAAGGGAAGAAGCAGAUGGGAAGAACUACAAGGUGGAGUGGAUUAUCAUAGACCCUGAAGGAUUUACAGAGAAUGGCGAGUGGGAGAUCAUCCACAAGCCGGCCCGCAGGAACACCUAUAAAAGCAUCCCCAUGGAGAGCAACAAGCACCAGGACAUCACCUUCUAUCUCAUCAUCAAACGCAAGCCUCUGUUCUACAUCGUCAACAUCAUCAUCCCCUGUGUCCUCAUCUCCUUCAUGGCUUCUCUGGUUUACUACCUACCGGCUGACAGUGGGGAAAAGAUGACUCUGUCUAUCUCCGUGCUGCUGGCUCAGUCUGUGUUCCUGCUGCUGAUCUCUCAGAGACUGCCGGAGACGUCCAUGGCCAUCCCCCUGAUCGUCAAGUAUCUGAUGUUCAUCAUGGUCCUGGUUACGGUGGUGGUGCUGAACUGUGUGGUCGUCCUCAACCUGCACUUCAGGAGCCCCAGCACUCACAUCAUGACAGAGUGGACCCGGGAGUUCUUCCUGGAGAGGUUGCCCCGCCUUCUGCGGAUGUCCCGCCCCUCAGAGUCAGAGUCCAGCUGGGAGGGGGCGUUGCCAAGGCGCUCUAGCUCUGUGGGUUACAUCGCUAAGGCAGAGGAGUACUACAGUGUGAAGUCACGCAGCGAGCUGAUGUUUGAGAAACAGUCUGAGAGACAUGGACUGGCCACACGGGCCACACCUGCCGCAGCAGUGACACCCCAGUCAGAUGGAGAUGUAACAGAGCAGUUAUACUCUGAGAUGAAGCCUGGUCUGGACGGGGCCAACUACAUCGUCAAACACAUGCAUGACAAGAAUGACUACAACGAGGAGAAGGAUAACUGGAGUGGUAUAGCUCGUACGGUGGACCGUCUGUGCUUUUUCCUGGUCACGCCAGUCAUGACAGUGGGCACCAUCGUCAUCUUCCUCAUGGGCAUCUACAACCACCCCCCGCCCCUGCCCUUUGAAGCAGACCCCUACAACUACCUGGAGGAGAACAAACGCUUCGUCUGAAUCACACCGGCUCCUCGUGUGACACAAAAUAGGCGUACACAGACACGCACAUUCCCCCCGGUUGUCUUACUUUAUGGAGAGGGAGGGGGGGAAUGGGUUUCACAUUUCUCAUGUCAGACCCAAUGUUUGGUGUGCCACAUGUUACUAUAGCAACAAAACAGGAGGCAGAAGUUUUUUUUUUUUUAUACGGUUAAUAAACAAUAUUGAAAAAUAAUAACUGUAGUUGCCUAACCAAUGUCUUUGAGAUGACAUCAAGCCAGCCUGUUGGAGACUUUGAGGCACACAUCGUGAAAUGUCACUGUGGAUUCUUACAGAAUAAAAAGAUUAUAGUAGGUUUUUAAAUACAUUCUUAAGGAAGUCAUUUUAGGAAAGCCACGUUUAAGAAUGUUUAUUAACAGU